AUGCCUGUGUGGGGCUGCCUCGAGCUCUAUGCUGUGCCUCGCUCGAGUUCAUCCAUACCAGAAAUCCUGAAGGUUUCCGGUAGUACUUAUACUCGAUCCCCUUUCCAGCAACAUCGUCGCUCUUCCAGCCGACUCGCCGCUGCCAUGUCGUCCGUUGCGACGCAAGCCAUCUGGGUAGACACGGGGUUCAGCCAUAUAAUACUGAAGUUCCCAAGCAGCAGCUUCACCAUGAUGUCUGGCGUACUCGUAUCUUGCUCGUAUAGGACUUCCCUGGACAAGGAGCCAGCAGCGAAGGACGCCGCGGCGCAUUGGCGUAGUGUCAUGUCAUACCUGCGCGAUCAGCAUCAGCGUGAAACCGGGGCAGGACGCCCUUCCCAGUAUGACCGGCAGGCUAUACCAGCGAUCCCGCGUGCGGAAGCUCGAGCGCUCGUGCUCGGAGCCAGUAUAUGGCCUGAGAACUACGGCAGAGAGGCUCUCUCCGUCGAUGCCACCACCUUCAAACUCGCCCCCCUCAUGACCCAUCAGCGCCCCUCCGAAGUCAUCUACCAAACCAUCAGGCGAGCGGCUACGGAUUGUAGAACAAACGGCAGUCUGUACCGCUCAAUUUUCCUCAACUAA